UCGCCCGCCCCCGUCUCUCCAGAUGGCCUCCCUUGCCGCCGCCUCCGCCUCCACGGCGCUCCUCUUCCCGCCCUCCACCUCCUCCUCCAAGCCGCGCCUCCCGCUCUCCGCCUCCCUCGGCUUCUCCACGCCCGCGCGCUUCCGCCGCGCCGCCUCCUCCUCCUCCCCCACCGGACGGCGCCCGGGCCUCCUCGUCGUGCGCGCCGCCAGGGGCAAGUUCGAGCGGACCAAGCCGCACGUCAACAUCGGCACCAUCGGCCACGUCGACCACGGCAAGACCACCCUCACCGCGGCGCUCACCAUGGUGCUCGCCUCCGUCGGCGGCAGCGCGCCCAAGAAGUACGACGAGAUCGACGCGGCGCCCGAGGAGCGCGCGCGCGGCAUCACCAUCAACACCGCCACCGUCGAGUACGAGACGGAGACGCGCCACUACGCGCACGUCGACUGCCCCGGCCACGCCGACUACGUCAAGAACAUGAUCACCGGCGCCGCGCAGAUGGACGGGGCCAUCCUCGUCUGCUCCGGCGCCGACGGGCCCAUGCCGCAGACCAAGGAGCACAUCCUGCUCGCCAAGCAGGUCGGCGUCCCCAGCAUUGUCGUCUUCCUCAACAAGAAGGACCAGGUCGACGACGAGGAGCUGCUCGAGCUCGUCGACCUCGAGAUCCGCGAGCUGCUCACCGCCUACGAGUACGACGGCGACAACGUGCCCAUCGUCUCCGGUUCCGCCCUCAAGGCGCUCGAGGCGCUCAUGGCCACGCCCGGCCUCAAGCGCGGCGAGAACGAGUGGGUCGACGGCAUCUUCUCCCUCAUCGACUCCGUCGACGCGCACAUCCCCGUCCCGCAGCGCCAGACCGACCUCCCCUUCCUGCUCGCCGUCGAGGACGUCUUCUCCAUCACCGGACGCGGCACCGUCGCCACCGGCCGCAUCGAGCGCGGCACCGUCAAGGUCGGCGACCCCGUCGACCUCGUCGGCAUCAGGGAGACACGCAACGCCACCGUCACCGGCGUCGAGAUGUUCCAGAAGACCAUGGACGACGCCAUCGCCGGCGACAAUGUCGGCCUGCUGCUCCGCGGUAUGACCAAGGAGGACAUCGAGAGAGGCAUGGUGCUCGCCAAGCCAGGAUCCAUCACGCCGCACACCAAGUUCGAGGCUGUCGUCUACGUGCUCAAGAAGGAGGAGGGUGGCCGGCACUCACCCUUCUUCCCCGGGUACCGCCCGCAGUUCUACAUGAGGACCACCGACGUCACGGGAAACGUCACUAACAUCAUGAACGACAAGGACGAGGAGGCCAAGAUGUGCAUGCCCGGCGACCGCAUCAAGAUGGUCGUCGAGCUCAUCCAGCCCGUCGCCUGCGAGCAGGGGAUGAGGUUUGCCAUCCGUGAAGGUGGAAAGACCGUCGGCGCCGGUGUCAUCAAUAACAUCAUUCAGUAAACUGAAUGCCCACCAUGAGAAUUUUCCGCAUUUAUUACUCUUUUGCGAUAUGCUAUGAUGUAGUUGUUAUUACGCAUUUAGGGGUCACUCAUGUGAAAUUGUAGUAUGGCACUUUUUUUCUUCAAGUGGUUUUGCAUACUUUGUGAUGAUAUUCACGGCAAAGAUACAUCUUGAUGUGCCAUUUCUUGUUAUUA